AACCGCAACAAAUUAUGGCCAGAAUACCAGCAGUCAAGCGGCGAAAGCUGACACCUCCUAGGACUGAUGGAGAGGACUCAUCACCUUCGACCCUCGAACACGAACCCGAGCAGAGCACAUUCUUUCAACAAGCCUCGAGUUGGAAUUUGGAGCAGGACUACGAAUCGAGACCUCGAAAAGGAAGAAAGAAGGAGAAGGAGAGUACCCGACUGCCAAUCAAAACUUUUGAAGGGCUGGUUCAGCAAGCAACACCGGUUGAGGAUGUAGACAGUGAUCUCGAAUGGCUUGGUGCAGAGGAAUCCGAGGAAGAGGUCCAGGAAGAAGUCGUGAAGAAGCCCAAGGUCCCUGUGAAGCAGCAGAUCCUAGAGGCACAAGAGGAAAUGGCACGAAUUGCUCUGAUGGUUACACAAGAAGAUCCAGAAGAGCAUGUGGGCGCCUUCAAAGUCCUGUCACAGUUUGGACAAUCACACAAUAUCACAAUCAAGAAACUGGCAUUGCGAGUUCAAUUGGCAGUAUAUAAAGAUGUUAUUCCAGGCUACCGAAUACGACCCCUUUCGGAAGAAGAUAUGGAGACCAAAGUGUCGAAGGAUGUUCGAAAAUUACGAGCAUAUGAGCAGGCCUUGGUUGGAGGGUAUCAGGGAUAUGUUCGAGCAUUAGCAAAGUUGGCACAAACUUCUGGCGGAUCUAGAGAUGGUGGUGCUAGUUUGGCCAGUAUUGCCAUCUCCUGCGCAUGUGCACUCCUGGUGGAAGUCCCUCAUUUCAACUUCCGUGUUGACCUCCUGAAAAUUCUUGUUGGGAAGCUCAGUGGUCGGAGGGUUGAUGAUGACUUUGUCAAGUGUCGAGAGACGAUCGAGACAUUGUUCCAAGUCGAUGAGGAUGGCACACCCUCUUUGGAUGCUGUGUCGCUCCUAACAAAGAUGAUGAAGGGAAGAGGAUACCGAGUCGAUGAGAGUGUGCUAAACACAUUUUUACACCUGCGACUAUUGUCCGAAUUUUCUUGGAAAGCCUCCACGAAUUACAUCGAGAAGCCGAAAUAUGAUGACGAUUCUGGUGGUAAAAAGAUCAAGGAGAAGAGAGUGUUCAGAACCAAGAAGGAAAGGAAGCUUAUGAAGGAGAGAAAAGUCGUGGAGAAAGAGAUGAAGCAAGCCGAUGCUACAGUCAGCCAUGAAGAUCGAGAUCGAAUGCAGUCCGAAACUCUGAAAAUGGUAUUCGUCACAUACUUCCGCAUCCUCAAAAUGCGCUCACCGAAUUUGAUGGGUGCUGUCUUGGAAGGUCUGGCUAGAUAUGCACAUCUCAUCAACCAGGACUUUUUUGGAGAUUUACUUGAAGCAUUGAAGGAUUUAACCGGUCACGCUGAGACCGGCGAUGAUGUAGAAGAUGGAGAUGGAGAUGGAGACGAAGAUACUGAGACGACCAGAAACUUGACUCGAGAAGCGCUUCUCUGCAUCAUCACCGCAUUCGCAUUACUCGAAGGUCAAGAUGCUGCGAAAGCCCAGGCAUCACUCAGUCUCGACCUGAGCUACUUCAUCACGCAUUUAUAUCGCACACUUCACGCUCUCUCCCUCAAUCCAGAUAUUGAACUCAGCUCCAAGUCACUUCACCUCCCAGAUCCCAACGACCCUUCGUCUCUCACCACCUCCAAAAACAAGGUCAACAUCCAAACAACAACUGUCCUGCUCCUUCGAUCUCUCACCUCGAUCCUCACCCCCGCUCUAGCAGCCCGAGCAGUUCCACCAUUGCGGAUCGCCGCUUUCACAAAGCAACUCCUUACAUCGUCACUCCACCUACCAGAAAAAUCCUGUCUUGCUAUGGUGGGGCUACUGGGAAAGGUAACGAAGACACACGAAAAGAAAAUCGCAUCUUUGUGGAACACCGAAGAGAGGAGGGGAGAUGGAAUGUUUGAUGCGCUUGGUGGAGAAGUUGAGGGCAGCAAUCCAUUUGCUGCGACGGUGUGGGAAGGAGAGUUACUGCGUAAGCAUUUCUCUCCAGCUGUCAGAGAUGGUGUCAAGGUUAUGGAAAAGAAUAUUCUUGGUUUGAGAUAG